CUCUGCGGCUGCUUGUCGCACUCACGCAUGCACAGAGACAACCCAGCACGCCAGGCUCCUAGCUCUUCCAGGCUGCUGAUGUCGGAUUUACACGCAGUGAAGGGACCGGUCAUUGCAAAAGGGGGCGUGACUGCUUAAAGAUUUUUUUUUUUUCCUCCCAUAAAGCUUUUUUUUUUUUCGAAACUGACUUUUGCCCCUCCAAUCCUCGUCGCUCUCUACAAUCCCUCCCUGCCUGCCGCUGUAUUCAAGUUUAUUUAUUUGCCUGCUGGCCUAGUAUAUUUUUCCUUACUGCUCUUGCUGCUGCUUCAGACGCAAAAACAGCUGUUGGGGAAGACCGAGGGAAGAACUGAGGGCUUUUUUCUUCAGUCACCUUAUGUAGUCAUCUAAGGGGUGGAUUCUUUUUUCUCUCUGGCGUUCCUGUUCAAACUGUUUUGUCCUUCCGCAGAAGUUGAUGUUCCCGGGACUGGGCCCUGUUUUACCACAGAGAGGCUCCGGGAGGCUGAAGCUGGAGACUUCUGCACCUCGUCGUACCGCGUCGUUCGUCUCCCAAGCUGGAGAGACCAGCCAAGACCAGCAUCAUCAGCGGAAUUCGCAAGCUUGAUUUACCACUUCUCAGAGGUUUUGCUUUUUUCCACGCCCUCUCAUAAAACAAUUUUUUAUUUCCAUCUCCUUGGUUUCCACGCCGCAAUAUUUCUUGGAUUGGCCGUUGUUUUUUUUUUUUUUUUCUGCCCGCACCUUUUUUUUUUUUUUUUCUUUCCGCUUUUGCUGUUGCUCAGUCCUUGGUGCAUCCACCGCCCAGGAACAGGAAGGACAAGAAAACCACUUCACAAAGUCUCCUUCAAGACACUCUGUGCUGCAGGACAGGCUCCCCAACUCCAUCAGCGCAGCAAACAAAACUCCUCAGGGCUUUUGCUUCUCCCCCACCUUUUUUUUUUUUUUUUUUUUUUUUUUUUUUGGUGUGUGUGUGUGUUUUGUUUUUCAUUUGCAGGGGGAGGAGGGCCAGGAAGGAAGACACAAACUUUGUACUUUAAGAUCUGCUGGUACUUCUCGCCCCUCUCCCAACCAGCGGCCUUUAACAUACUACCAGGACCCCCCGUGGGUUGCCAGGGGGAAGAUCUUCUUCCCAUCCUCCCUGCUUUUCUCCUCCUCUCUCCUUUCAUCGCCGCGCACCGCCACUGAGCCGCGGGGCCGCGCACCCAGCGCCGCCGCGGCCGCUUACAGGGGGCGGAGGAGCGGCGCCCCUCGCCCGCCGCGCCGGCGGGCCGGUGUAUGUCGUGCCGUGGGCUCCGCACGGGACUCUCAGUGAAUGCGCACCGCCCGCCGCUUGCCGCCGCUGCCCGCCUCGGCCCCCACCCACCCCUGCCGGGGUGAGGCUCUCUGAGGGACCGCGGAUCGCGCCUCCCUGCCAGCUGCCCGUCUGCGGCUGCAGGCGCCCUCCGCUCGCUGCAGCGCGGCACGCCGCGGAGCCCACCCGCCUCUGCGCCUCGCUAUUUAUUUAUCCCCACACCUCCCGCGCCGCGGCUCGGUCCCGACUGCUCCCCCCUUUUUUUUCUUCCACCUUUCUUCAUUUUUUCCACAUCCCGUCUCGCCGCCGGCCGGGCGCGAUGCUGCACGUGGAGAUGCUGCUGCUGGCGGUCGCGGCGCUGUGGGUGUGCGUGCGCGGGCAGGAGCCCGGCGCCAAGGCGGUGGCCGACCGCUACGCCGUCUACUGGAACAGCACCAACCCCAGAUUCCAGCGAGGUGACUAUCACAUCGAUGUCUGCAUCAAUGACUACCUGGAUGUGUUCUGCCCUCACUAUGAAGACUCAGUGCCGGAAGAGAAGACUGAACGCUAUGUUCUAUACAUGGUGAACUUUGAUGGCUACAGCUCCUGCGAUCACACCUCCAAAGGGUUCAAGAGGUGGGAGUGUAAUCGGCCACAUUCCCCAAAUGGACCAUUGAAGUUCUCAGAAAAGUUCCAGCUCUUCACGCCCUUCUCGCUAGGAUUUGAGUUCAGGCCAGGCCGGGAAUAUUUCUACAUCUCUUCUGCGAUCUCAGAUAAUGGAAGGAGAUCCUGUCUAAAGCUCAAGGUCUUUGUGCGACCAGCAAACAGCUGUAUGAAAACUAUAGGUGUUCAUGAUCGUGUUUUCGAUGUUAACGACAAAGUAGAAAAUUCAUUAGAACCAGCAGAUGAUACCGUACAUGAGUCAGCCGAGCCAUCCCGUGGUGAGAAUGCUGCACAGACACCAAGGAUACCCAGUUGGCUUUUGGCAACUCUAUUGUUCCUCCUGGCAAUGCUUUUGAUAUUAUAGCACAGUAUGCUCCGGCAACCUGUCGCAGAAAAUACCAGGGUCUUGCAACAUCAAAGAUCCACCUAACUGCUCAUCCCAGGAAAGGGACUUUAUUGUUUUUGCAGAUGUCAAAUUGUUAUUUUUUCCUUUUUCCCUUUUCUUCUCCCUUUGAGUCUGAACUCAGCAAAAAUUUGAAGGGGAUAAUUAGCUUCAGCACCCAUCCCUACCUACCCUUUGACUUUCUGAACCCCUCCGUAUAAAUAAAAGGACUCCAAAUGAAAAUGCCAAACUGUAACAGUGACACUAGUGAUUCUUAUUUUCCUCUGCAUUCUCCUUUAAGAAGUCACCUCUGAUAGCUCACUGUGUCAUCCAUAUGUGGACAAGGAAGAAUAGUGACAGAUGCAGUCAGUGAAGGAUAAAGUGAGAGAAAGCCUGAGAGAGUUUUUCUCUCCAAUACAAUAUUUAUGCCUUUUCAUUCAGCACUGUAAGAUGAUCAUGCAAGACAUCGUAUCACCAUGUCAGGACUGAAGGGGAAAUAGUAAGAAUAGAUAUAACACCAUUUCCUCCCGGAGUUUCUGAUGAACAGAUUUCUGAAAGUGAAAGACAUUGUUUCUUACAGGACUGUCUUGAAGCAUCUAUGACAGUAAAAUUUGUGCUCACAAGUAGAAACACUGUCUUUGGUGAGAGGAAGAAGUUAGUAUUUAGGAAUGUUAGCACACAGCAGGCAAAGUCAAAUUUAGGAAACUUCACUGGGGUAGUGAGUGCCUCUGUUAUUUCGUUUUAAGGGGAUAAUGCACACCGGAUUAUUUUAUUUUAAAACAAAUCACCGUGGUGCUACAAUUUUUUUCUUGAAAUGCAGAGGCACUUUCAAGAACAAAGUGACCUUCCCCCGCACUGACUUAGUAGCUGAUAGCCUUGGAUGCUGCUCUGAGUGUUAAAACAUGCAAAGAGAUUACAUCAGUGGCCAGAGGAAAAGUUUUAGGAACAUGGGUUUUCCAGUGUGCUCUUGAUUUGUCUCUCCUGCAAGUUCCUCAAUCAUGGAAAUAAACCACAUGUAGAAGAAGCCAGGACAGUCUAGUAGCAUUGUGUGGUGAGGAGAAAGAAAAGAAGUGUGGAACACAAAUUCAGGUGUUGAAUUUUUUUAUCUUUUCCCCUUCCAGCACAGUUUGAAGAGUAGAGGAAACAUGUUUAUCAGCCGGACGUAAAUUAGAUGGGCUCCCAAAGACUUAACAAACUAUUUUUUUAAGAAUCCACUAGAAUAGAAAAUACAUUAUUUAGAUAUACUUUAUGCUGAGAGUGAGUAUAUAUGCUUGUCCUAUUUAAACAUGUGAGAGAAAUGGUAACCCUUGAUGCGAUUAGGAAAUGGGGCUGUCUUGUUUGAUGGAAUUAGGAAUGACCCUGUUGAAGGAAUAUGAACCUUGUCUAACGUAGAACUUUAGAACGUCAUUUGCCAGGAAGUCUAAGCCUUGGGGUAUUUUUUGACUAGGCUACCAUGAGAUUUGACCUGCUAAGUAUAAUCAGGGAAAUACCAGACAAAGACUGAAACAGAGCUUUUCUAACAAAAACUGUGAUCAUUAUGUUAAAUGUGAAACAAAAUAUAAGAGCGCAUUCAAACGAAACAAGGGUUUUCUGUAUUAAUUCUAAAGAAAACUUCUGCCGCAACAGAAUUGGGUAAUGCUGUUAAUGGACAGCACUUUGUGGGCAUUGCUUUAAUGAAUAAAAGUUUUCCAGAAGUUGAAGCAGCCCACUGUUCAGAAAAAGGAGGAAAGGGGGAAAUAAAUUUAAGAUGUAAAGGGAGGUUUUAUGCGUGCUAUACUAUGAUCUGGGCUUGCCUGAUAUCAUACAACAUGAUCAUUAAUGCAGGGCCUGUGCUUAUAGGAGGAAUGUGGGAAAUUUCCUUUAGUGUGAAGUGGACACAGUAAACAUACACAGUUCAAAGGGUGAAAAGAAGUCGUCAUCUCAUUACAGGCUAUCUGGUACUUCUCUCUCUUUAAUGUGGAUGUGCUUGGUACACACUAAUACUUCCUGUAGGUGGGAGUUAAAAAGCUUUGGAUGAGGUGAGCUUAAUCAAAAUGCACCUUAUCAAAUGGAUUAUUAACCAGACUACAGCUAGUAUUGCAUGAUAGGUAACCAUAGUAAAAUGACUCAUAGCGGUUGCAGGCUGUCAUACCAGUAGCGCCAAUUUCAGGUAGAAAUGGUGACUUCAUUUUUCAUCCUUUGUCUCUGAAUGAUGUCAGAGUUCAAGAUGUAUGUUUUUCCGCAGCAAUUUUUUUUCACUGGUGUUACUCCUGGUGAAAUUCAACCCUUCAUUUUAUCACAGACCCCUGCUGGGUGGAUGAAGAAUGACAUGAGUGAUGCACCUGCAAGGCAGGUCCCUGAACUGUCUGGGUGGCUGGGAGCAUACCAGAUGCUGUCAGCUUGAUACUUUAUGGAAUCAGGCAAUCCCAGUCAUACCAAGCAGAUAAAUGCUGAUGGGCUUUGUGUUGCAUUGCAAAUCUCUGGAUGCUUUCAAUGCAGCUGUCGGUGCAAAUUGAGGAGAUUUCUGGUCCCUUCCCCUUCAUCUGCUCCAGCUCAAGUCUGAGGGACUGAUUCUCCCUCAGCUUAGGUGGCUCACCCCCAUGAGCUACACUCCUGGCUGCCGAGGGUAUUGCAACGUGAAGCAAGGAAAAUAGGGAUCAGUCAGUUUAGUGGAUACUGUGUAUCCUUUAAUAGACAAGGUAACAUUUCGUG